AUGUCGCUGAUCGCCGGUGAGGACUUCCAGCAUAUCCUGCGUCUACUGAACACCAACGUGGAUGGGAAGCAGAAGAUCAUGUUCGCCAUGACCUCCAUCAAGGGUGUCGGGCGUCGCUUCUCCAACAUCGUCUGCAAGAAGGCCGACAUCGACAUGAACAAGAGGGCCGGCGAGCUGACGUCUGAAGAGCUGGAGCGGCUGAUGACGGUCGUGGCCAACCCCAGGCAGUUCAAGGUGCCGGACUGGUUCCUCAACAGGAAGAAGGACUACAAGGACGGCAGGUUCUCACAAGUGGUCUCCAACGCCCUCGACAUGAAGCUCAGGGACGACCUCGAGAGGCUCAAGAAGAUCAGGAACCACCGUGGUCUGCGUCACUACUGGGGCCUCCGUGUCCGUGGCCAGCACACUAAGACUACUGGCAGGCGUGGAAAGACUGUCGGUGUCUCCAAGAAGCGAUAA